GAUUAUCAUAUGGGAUGGGGAUCGCCCUUAUUGGCGAAGUGGACCUUGGAAUGGAAACAUUUUCAUGGGAACAAGAUAUCAUAAUACUGGUUAUGGUAAUAUACUCAUUAACACCGGGUCAUUCGCACAGGAGGAAGUAAGAGGGAUGCUUUCUCUGGUUUUUACAGGUGCGAAUGAGACUUUGUUGCCUCGUUAUGUAAUAAUUGAUCAAGGGAUAUUAGCUGAAAGUGGUGGGAUGAUAGCAAGAAGAACAGGGGAAUUGCGUGGCAUGCCCCGGAAAAUAUAUGUGACACCUAUGGUAUGUGUGGAGAAUUUGGAAACUGCAACCCGCAGACUAAACCUAUGUGCAGCUGCUUAAAAGGGUUUGUGCCGAAGAACGCGGAGGAAUGGAGGAGAGGAAACUGGACAAGUGGGUGUGUGAGAAGAAAGAAGCUGCAAUGUGGGGUUCAAGGGGGAAAACAAGAUGGGUUUUUGAGGUUAAAGAUGAUGAAAGUGCCAGUUAAUGCUGAUAUUGCUGAAUGGUUUGUGGGUCUGAAUCCUGAUCAGUGCAGAACAACCUGCCUGGCAAACUGCUCUUGUUUGGCUUAUACACAUGAUACUGGAACUGGAUGUAUGAGAUGGAGCGAGAACUUGAUUGACAUAGAGGACCUUUCACCUGGAGGGGUGGACCUAUUCAUUCGGCUUGAACAAUCAGAGCUAAGUACUAGUAAGAGAUAUGACUUUAGGAACAGCAGUGAUUGCCACUAUCAUAUACUUCCUGUUCAAAUGGAGAGCUCGGAAAAAGGGUAAACACACAUCGGAUAGAAAUAGAAAAUCUAAAUCAAUACCAGAGAAAAAAGCUGGGAAAGCAACAGAUUCAUAUCUAUUCAAAGACAAAACCCAAGUAAUGAUUGAAGACUUAAAAGUCUCAAAACUUGAAGAUCUGAUAAUAGCAACAGACGGCUUUAGUGAGAGUAACUUGCUCGGGAAGGGUGGUUUUGGCCAAGGUAAGAAUGAGUUCAAUUCAAACAUGAUCUUACGUAGUCUAAAAUGCAACAAAACGUAGCAGGAGAUAAUAUGAUGUUUGUUUACAGGGUAAACUAGAAAAUGGUCAAGAAAUAGCAGUAAAAAGGCUUUCAAGAGCAUCUGGGCAAGGUGUAGAAGAAUUCAUCAACGAAGUUGAAUUCAUCUAAAAACUUCAGCAAUUUCAGAUUUCUAAUAAAGCUGUAAUCAAGCGAAACAGGAACAUCAUUAUAAAACGGAGGGAAUAGUACAUGUUAAAAGAAAAAAUAAAACAAAAACACUCAAAAUUACAUUAAUUAUACUAGUUCGUAUGUGAUAUAUUGCCUUUGGAUUCUAACACCUUAUUGCAGCUAGAUUGAUGGGGCAGUAAGCUGUGUAUCUCCUUUGUGUAUCUCCU